AUGGGCAUCAUUAUUGGUCUAUUUUUGAGCAUCGGCCAUGCAAUUUCACAACAGGUCCGGUGUUUGGGGCUUUUAGCGAUGCCGACGUUCUGUGAUAAGUCCGGCCAACGCGUAUUAGUGACCAUGGUGUUUGCGUACGUUAUGGCCGGCCCUUUAAACAACAUAAUGAGAAACGGAUCCGAAGUGAUUAGAGUGUUCACCUGUUCCAGUGCACUGGUGUAUAAUUUGACCAAGACCCGAUAUGAACUCAUGUUCAAACCGUUUCAGGAAGCACUAUUUAAUUUGAAGGCUGAAACAAACGAGAUAAAAGAAACCAUAAAUUCCAUCAACGACGUGAUCGAUCCAAUUCGACAGGAAUUCGAAUCAGACAGCGACAGUAUCGUACUACACGAGAGAAACGACUACUUAGACGAUCUGCAAAUGAGACCAUCAAAAAUAUACAAUGCAAAAUCGUCCGAGCAUACCAAAAAUAUGUACAAAAUACCGGAGCCGAGCGAAGUGGAAAUAAAGUACAGAAAUAAAUUACACAGAAAGUGCAAAGGCAUCAUCGAUCGGGCGGACGAGAAGUGCAAGGCAGCGUUUCAGAACAGUUACGACAAUUGCAGGAACUCCGUACACUGGUCCGUGAACUGGGCCCUGUGCUGGCCCAUGCAAGUCACUUUUGUCUGCAAUCUUGCACCAUUGUUUGGCGGUGGAGACGUGUGCAAUUCCGGAAAAUCAGUAAAUUCCGGUUUCGGUAAAGGAUACGUAUACCUGACAAAGUCCAAGGACGAAUUAAAACGAGAAUUCCUGCACGUAAAAGUCAAUUACAAAUUGAACAAAGUGAAAAUAAUGGUAAUGUUCGCGCAUUCGCGAUUUGAUAAUAUGUACGCGCAGAGAUUAGCUCACCCGGCCUCGUGUUUUUGCCCGUGUCCUUAUGUCGUGUAUUAUGAUACACAGCCGGAUCAAUAUCGCGACGCUUACGACAUGACCCGCGACAUGAUGAUGGAUUUCCGGGAGAAAAGGCGGACGGCCGAGUUCGUGUUCGUGUGCGUGCGACGUCUUCUGGCUUUUUCGUUCCUCAAAAUACUCUUGGACAGUCAGAGUUACAUGCACAAAUACCUGACGGACAUCGAACACGACAACGCGUACGUGACCAGAUAUUACCGGAAGAUCGACGCCCGGCGGAAAAAGACCGGCAAGCACACGUUGCUGCCGCUCAAGAAGAUCGAAAAGAGCAAAACGGUCGACUUGAGGAGCUACAAGCUAGUCGACCGCGAGUGUGAUCACCUGUUCAAAUCAUUGGUGAAAUUGGUGUUUGAAAUUAUCGCUGCCUCGUCAUUGGUUUUAUUGGACAUCGUGUUUUACGAGGCGCUGGACGUAAUCAAGAGACACGCCAAAAUCGAUUACUUCCAGACCGGCCACCACAACCUGUACAUCAAGGUCAAGGGCACCGGAAUGAUCGCUAAUUUGCUAAGGUCCGUCGUGGACAGGUUCAAUUUCAGGAAAAACAUCACCGUCAACCUUAGCAACGAAAUGUGUCUCCCGAAUCCACACAAAUUGGAUGCAUAUUACCUGCACAAAAUAUACGGCACUUUAAUGCUGGUGUUUGUCAUGACCGUAUUCGCUGGGUACUCGAGCCGGCUAAAAAGAUUGAUCUGCGCGGUAUUUUUCCGGAAGAGAGAAAAGCGCAGAGUGCUAUACCUGUACAACGAAACAUUAAGAAAGCGAACGGCGUUCUUCAGGUACAUGAAGCAAAAGGUGGCAAAAUUGGCACGCGAAAACAAAUUAUCGGUGAAUCUUGAUAUUUUUCUGAUGUUGAGACUUAAGUUUCCGGCACUGUUUGGCUGGCUGGUGUGGUUUGCAUGUGGCCGGAGAAAAUGUCUGAUUUGUGGCGAACCAGAAACAAAUGCCGGCAAACAGUAUGGUUGCAACACAGUUGGAUGUGUUUACAUACAUUGCGAACAGUGUUGGAAAGAUGUUGGCGUCUGUUAUGCCUGUUCAGAGAUAUUCAUAAAAAAGGAUAAUGAAUAUAAUCUGGACGCAGAUACUACUGCCGAGGGUUAUGUAGACACUGAUUAUUAUGAAUAGAAAAAAAACAUUACGGUUCAUUAAAAU